GUGUGUACAAACUUUGGGUGAUUAUGUUUACGAGAAAUCCUCGAAAAAUGUAAACAAAAACACGUGCGAGAGGGAUGUCAUUCAGUUCAAUGAUGAGUGAUGUUAGAACUUUUAUAAAUCCCAUACAAACAAACUGUGCAUAAACUGUAAGUGACUUUGCGUUGUGUUGUAACUGGAACGAAUCUACUUCCUUGGGCCUAAUUUAAAAGGCUACUUUAGAUAUCGAGUAUGUCGCGCAAAUCUGCCACUAGAAAGUCUACAUCUCUGUGGGAGAAAUGUGAAGUUUGCCAGGCAGUUAUAUCUCAAAAGGAUCAUGCUACACAUCUAAAUGGAUCAUGCCCUCAGGCACCAGAAGCAUGGAAUCAUUCUUACAUUAUGGAUGGUGUUUUCUAUAGCACACUGGAACAGUUGCCAUCAGUAGAAUCAUUGAAAAAUUUGCCCUCUCAGGAACGUGAGAAAUUAGUACUUCUGUCACAGUCUGCUCUUCAGAUUUGUGGUAUGGUGAUUGGUGAUCCGGUCAUUAUCAGUUCAAAAGGGAAUUCUGCUGUGAAAAUUGCCUGGCCUACUUCAGAAAAGUCUGUAACAUCAGUUUUAAUGAUAAAAGAAGGGUUGGAAAUAUUUAGAGGACAAUUUGGUGAUCAAAUUUGUGUAAGGAAGUUGAAUGUGAAACCACUGCCUGCCCAAGAAGUUAGGCUCAAGCCACUGACUCACAUAGAAACUUCUUCAGACCUUUCAGUACUGAUUCAUCACCAAUACAAUAACAGCAUAAUUUCUGUACGAAACAGGCUAAGAAUUUUACACUAUGGCAGACCUCUGACAUUUGAAGUUACUGACAUUAAACCACAUAAAAUGUGUGAUGUAAACAUUGAAAAGGUAGCAGAUGAUAUUUCUAGGCUGAAAAUUGAAGAAUUGGAAACCUUUUCUGAGUCAUGCCAGGCGAAGAAAAGCGUGAAAGUUAUGAAUGACAUUGAAGUUUAUUCAGUGAUCAACAGCACUUCAUGGGUUCUUCAGCGGACAAGUGCAUUGCCAGCUGAUGACAAACAGGAUAUUACUGUGGAUAGUGUAGGAGGCAUGGCGGACAUUGUAAAUGAGAUUACAGAGCUAAUGAACCUAGCAUUUGGGGAUGUUAAGCCAUUUGCAGGUUUGCGACCUACACGAGGAGUUUUGCUGCACGGUCCACCAGGUGCAGGAAAAUCAUUUAUAGCAAGAGCAAUUGCAAAUUCCAGUGGUGCAUCUGUUACUUACUUACACAGCUCUGAGCUGACAUCAGAUGCCAAAGCUAAGCUAUCGGCUCUUUCAUCUGCCCAAGGACAACAUGUUGCUAUCAUUGAUGAUGUGGAUGUUACUUGCCGUAAGCGGGGACCUGGAUCCGUGUCACUGUGCUUGUUACUUGACAGCCUGCAUUCUGCUGCAAGUAGGGUCAUCGUACUGGCUACCACUCGACAUCCCGAUGAUCUUGAUCCCACACUUCGUCGCCCAGGGAGGUUAGAACGUGAGAUUGAAGUAGGAGUGCCAAACCCAGCUGCACGUUUGGAUAUCCUGGGUCGCCUGCUACCAGAUGUCACCCAUGAUGUGCUGAGUGAUGCAGCAGCAGCUGCCCAUGGGUUUGUGCCGGCAGACCUGGCAUCUCUAGCAUCACAUGCAGUGCUAUCAGCUGCUCGUCGCGGUGCUUCACAACCAGUGAAAGAUGAUUUUGCUGCUGCCUUCUUGCAAGUUCGUCCAAGUGCACUACGCGAGGUCCUUGUUCAAGUGCCAAAUGUGCAGUGGAGUGACAUUGGCGGCCAACAUGAUUUGAAACUCAAGCUUCGCCAAGCAGUGGAGUGGCCACUGCGUCAUCCUCAAGCCUUUUCACGUCUCGGUAUCUCACCACCACGUGGUGUGCUGAUGUUUGGACCACCUGGAUGUUCAAAGACUAUGAUUGCUAAAGCACUUGCAACAGAGAGCAAGUUAAAUUUCAUCUCAAUAAAGGGACCGGAGCUGUUUAGCAAGUGGGUAGGAGAAUCUGAACGAGCAGUUCGUGAAGUCUUCCGCAGAGCACGACUAGUAGCGCCUGCGAUUGUGUUUUUUGAUGAGUUGGAUGCCUUGGGUGGUGUGAGAGGAGAUGGUGGUGGCAGCAACAAUGUACAGGAACGUGUUCUCGCACAACUGUUAACUGAGAUGGAUGGUGUCACUCCUCUGGGCAAUGUGACAGUUGUUGGUGCUACAAAUCGCCCUGACAGGAUUGACAAGGCUCUCUUGCGUCCUGGACGUCUCGAUCGUAUUAUUUAUGUUCCACUGCCUGAUGCUGACACUCGGCGUGAGAUAUUUAUGCUUCAACUUGGACGUCGAACACCAGUUGCCUCCGAUGUAAAUGUUGAAGAACUUGUUCAAAGCACUGAAGGAUAUUCUGGAGCUGAGGUUCUUGCAGUGUGCCAUGAGGCAGCACUUAAGGCUCUAGAAGAUGAUUUGGAAACAGAUGUUGUUGCACAUAAACAUUUCCAGGCGGCUCUUCAGAUAGUCACACCUAGAACUCCUCCGUCGCUCUUGAAGCUGUAUGAAACAUAUUUACAAAGUUGAUUAAGGAGAGGUUUGGAGAAACUACUGCAUACAGUCAGAGACUUGGUAAAUGAUGCAAGAUAUGUGAAGGAAGAUAAACAUUGAAUCAAACAGAGGAUUAAGAAACAACAAUUUUGAGUGAAAGUUAUUUUUUGUUAUAUUUUGUGCAUUGAAGUUAGUGGGUUAUAUUUCUUCUCAAGAUUCUAAUCAUUUAAAUUUGUUUAGGAGUUUGAAGAAGCAUCAAAGUCAGCAUAACACAGCUAUUAAAUUUUUGAAGACAAAAAGAAAAUGUUGAUUGUGCAUAGGAUUGUAAAAUAAAAAUAAAGAUAUUUUAAUGUUAUUACUGCUUGUUAAAUGAUUAAUUGCCUGUUCUGCAGUUGGAGCUAAAUAAAGAUAUGUUGAGUCUUUCUUAUAAAAAAAUUGCAGUGUAGUUAUUACUGCUAUACUGCUUCAGUUUGAAUUUGUAUAGUUUCCUGAUGCUGACAAAGAUCUCAUGCCUGUUGAGGGUACCAAUAUUACUCUCUGUAUCAUUGCUGGAGUUCUCUCUCCGAAGCAACAUGGCACUGUGGUAAGGCACUUGACUUCCCUUCAGCAGAAUGGCUGUUCAAAUCCCUAUCAAAUCAUUGAAAUAUAGGUUUUAACUCUUAAGGCAGAUGUUGAAAUGGUUAGUUUCGAAACAACAUGGCCAGUUUCCUUCUUCAUCCUGAGCUUGUGCUUCAUCUCUGAGGCUCUCAUCAUGAACAGUAACCUUCCUUCCUUCUUGGAGUUGUCUAGAGUGUGCGUAUCAAGUUCAAAUAAUAUGCGUGUUAAAGUUUAGCACAGAACAUGUACAAAAUGACACUGGUAUGACUCUGGUUACCUGCUCCAGCAGUCAAUUUAAAGUGCUUUGUACGCACUGAAGACAUAGUUUUAAGCUUUUUCGUUUACUUGUUUGGUGCCGUUUAAGCCUGUUAGUACCACCUAUGACUGUAUUUCGGAGGUAGAUGUAAAGACAUUUUAACAUUUGUCAUUGUAAUUUGUUGUACACUAAUAAAAUAUCCGUUGACACCAUUUUCUGCAAUCUACAUGUUU